AACCAAAACUGCCUAAGGGUUUCCUUCUUCGUACUUCCGUUUCACCUGCUAAACCCCGACUGAAAAAUGCCUUUAGCCUUCCAGCGCUUGCUCGCCUCCACUCUCCAGAAAACCCCAAAAAACCUCCUUUCCUUUCCACUUCCGGCUGUCUUCUCCUUCCAUUUCACGCGCCCCUCACUCUAUCACCGCACCUUUUCCAUCCCACCCCACCCCGCCUCACCCUUUCUUCGUCCCCGAACCCGAACCCCUCUCGAGACCCAAUUCGAAACAUGGAUCCAAAAGCUCAAACCCGGCUUCACUACCGCUGACGUGGACGCAGCAUUGCGAGCCCAACCGGACGCCGAUUUGGCCCUUGACAUCUUUCGCUGGACUGCCUUGCAACGCGGGUACAAGCACACCGACGCGACCUACCUCACCAUAAUAAAACUCCUCAUCUCCGCCAAACGCUACCGCCACGCCGAAACUCUAAUCGAAGAAGUCAUCGCCGGCGCCUGCCCCAUUAGCAUUCCUCUUUACAACACCAUAAUCCGCUUCUGUUGCGGUCGUAAGUUCCUUUUCAAUCGCGCUUUCGAUGUUUACAAGAAAAUGCUGAAAUCGGAUGAUUGUAAACCAACGCUGGAGACGUACACUUUAUUGUUUAAUUCUUUGCUUAGAAGAUUUAAUAGACAAAAUGUUUGUCAUGUAUAUUUACACGCGGUCCGGUCCUUGACGAAACAAAUGAAAGCUUUAGGAAUUAUUCCGGAUACUUUCGUCUUGAAUAUGAUAAUUAAGGCGUAUUCCAAGUGUUUAGCUAUUGAUGAGGCAAUUCGGGUUUUCCGUGAAAUGGGGUUGUAUGGAUGCGAGCCUAAUGCCUAUACAUAUGGUUAUAUUUUCAAAGGGAUGUGUGAGAAAGGGAGGGUGGCGCAGGGGUUUGGGUUGUUUAAGGAAAUGAGGGAUAAGGGGUUGGUGCCGAAAGGGAGUGCUUAUAUGAUUUUGAUUUGUAGUCUUGCGAUGGAGCAAAGACUUGAUGAUGCGGUUGAUGUUGUUUCUGAUAUGUUGGCGAAUUCAAUGGCACCUGAUUUGUUGACCUACAAGACUGUAUUGGAAGAGUUUUGUAGGAGAGGAAGGAGUAAUGAUGCUUUUGAAUUGCUGGAGGAUUGGAAGAAGAGGGAUUUGUCUAUGGGCCAAAAGAAUUACAGGAUUUUGGUGAAUGCACUGCAUGUUAACAAUUGAGAGUGAAUUUUGUAGUCUGGUCUAGGUUAAUAGUUGAAGAUCUGUGUAUUUGUCUCUAACCUAAGAAUGUGGUAGCUCUAGCUGUCAAACCAGUCUUGAAGCUGUGAAUUUGUUUGUACAGCUUGACUGAUGAAAGUGAGAUGCAGAACUGAAUUAUGAAUUUGAGGGUUUUUCUUUAAAUGGAUCUAUAUUUCAGUGUGUCUAUUAUCAAGGAUAACUUUGCAAUCAGUAGGAAGGUGGAGAAAAGGAAGGGAGGGAAGUUGUUGAUCCUGCCUGUUAUUAACAGGAUGCCCUGUUUAGCUUGAUUGAAGUAAAUAUUGGUCAUUUGUUCGUGGAGACACUGCAAAAAGAUCAAGUUUCCCUGUGGUUGGUUUCCGUGCUGGUGUUUUCUCCAUCAACUGUCAGAAACAAGUAACUUGACACUAGCAAUUUGCUUCUUAGUAUAUCUAAAAUGUUAGGUGAACAUAAAGUGGUUAGUCACGACAUUUCACUGAUAGUGUUGGGAAAAGAGGAUGACAAAAUGUUUUGCAAGUGGAAGAAUAGUAUCAAUUUACAUGAAGAUUCUUGGUUAAACACCUGCUAGCAGCUUGCAUGUUACACCUGCGACAAAAAUGGUGUCAUUGCGCUUUGUUGUUUUCUUUUUAUAUAUAUUCAUGCCUCAUAAAGAUUGGGAUCUUGUUACAAGACAAGAUUUACUUGUAUGUACCCUGGGUGAAGAUUGGUUAAUAAGCCAACUGUAUAUGGAGGAGCAGGCUUCUGAAUUGUUGCUGAUAAUUAAUGAAAGUUUGCAGCCAUGAUUUUGUUGUAGUAGAUUUUGUAAUAUUAAGAGUAAUCAUUGGCUAGUAUUAUUGUUUUGUACACACGGAUUCAAGUUUUAAUAAAUAACUGUUAAGUGUGUAUU